GAAUAUAUCCCGUAUAUUGCAAUUGAUACUGCAUGUACAUGCAGAGAUCAUCAAGAAUAUGCCCUGUCGCCAGUGCCAUUUUGUCAUCACACCAUUAUUGCAUAAAUCUCCCAUAACACAAUUGAUUGAGAAACCCAAAACCCAAUUAACCUAUCGCACGUGAGCCAAGGCACAGGCAACUCACUCAAAAGUUUUAGCGUAUAUACAGAUGGUGGUCUUUAAUAUUGAGCUCAUGAUAACCUCAGGUCACCCAACACAAAUCUAUUUCAAGAGGAAUUCAGGAGCACAAGCAGAUCCCAAAAAGAAUAUUGACACAUGCUAAGAGGCCUGGUAAUUAAUUGGUUCAAUUAAAUCUCCCUUCUAGGCACGAUACUUCUCCGAUUGAAGCAUGCAGAAUAAUAAUAAAGUGGCAAAGGAUGCAAAAGCAAGCAUUCUAAAACCCCAAUUCAGACACACUUCCAUGCCACUUCAAGAGGCGCACUGGCAAAUGAAACCAGAGCAGAAACCCCAUGGACCCGGGUCCAUGUAUGGGCCCAUACAUGUGUCUGAGAACUCUGACAAGCCUUGACAAAUUCUAGCAGAUCUGACAGGCUAGACUCUCAAAAUUUCUUUGGAGCCUACAAGAAGCGGAUAACACUGAAGGAGGCAAGCAGGUCCCAGACAGCACAAAAUAUCCCCUGCAUGCAUCCUCAGCCCACUGUGCCCUGGCCAGAAAGGAGCGUUGCAGGCAAUGUGCUGCUCAUGUGCACCUAGGAGGAAGAGCUAGACGGCUGUGAC